AUGUUCGCCGCUGCGACGAGGUCGCGCCGUGUGCUGUUCUCUCCUCCAAGCCGGCGUCUCGGCACGUCUCGCCUCACGCCUCGGCUCGGCCAGCCUCGGCCUAGCCCGCUGCUGCUUGGCCAACCUCGGAUCGCCCCGCCUCUGCUGGCGCGGCCGGUCGCCCGCCUCCUGCAGAGCUCGUCUCCGCUCGCGUCGGUCGUGCCGGGCUACUGGACGGGGCUCGAGCCGCCGCGGUGCCCCGGCUUUGAGGCGGAGACGCAGACUCUCUCGUCGCUGCGGACGCCGGACCUGCGCCAGCGCGGCCCUGCGCUGCGCGAGGCGCUGGAGCACUACUUUGAGAACGGCUGGACCCUCACCGAGGUGCUCUUCUCCUCGCUGUCGGACGAGGCCGCCUUCUACCGGCCGCCUGCGCACGGGCUGCGGCACGCAAUGAUCUUCUACUACGGCCACCCCGCCGCUCUCGCGAUCAACAAGCUGCGCGUCGCGGGCGCGAUCGGCGACGGCGUCGAGCCGCGCUUCGAGGUCCUCUUCGAGACCGGCGUCGACGAGAUGUCGUGGGAUGACCUCGACACGCCGCAGACCGAGUGGCCGCCGCUGUGCGACGUGACCGAGUACCGCCGCGCGUGCCGCGAGGCACGCACACACACCGGGCCUCGCACUUUGAAUGCCGCGGGGCUCCUGCCUUUAGACCCGCUCGCCCGCGACGCGCCGACCGACGCGAACGCCGUCGUCUGGGCGCUCGGCAUGAUCUGCGAGCACGAGAGGAUACACCUCGAGACGUCCACCACGCUGAUCCGCGAGCUCCCCCUCGAGUCCGUGACGCGGCCGCAGCAUUGGCCCUUUGAUCACGCCUCGGCGUGGCAGCGGAGUGCGGGCGAGGCGGUGGUGGAGGCGCCGCAGCUGCGGCGCCCGCGCACGCACGCCACCUACUCCUGGGACAAUGAGUACGGCCGUCGGACGAUCGGCGUCGAGGCGUUCGCGUUCUUCUGGGAGCCUGUAGGCCAGUUCCUCGCGUUUGUCAGGGCGGGAGGCUACGCCUCGCCCGAGCUGUGGACGGAGGAGGGAUGGGCGUGGCGCUCCUUCCGCAACACAAAGUGGCCGCACUUUUGGGGGCUGCACCAGUACAAGCUGCGCCUGCCGUUUGCCGAGACGGCGCAGCUGCCCGCCGCCCUCCCCGCCGAGGUGAACAAGCACGAGGCCUGCGCGCGGGACGCGGCACGCGACGAGGCGCUCGACGACGCCGCCGCGGCCGACGCGCCGGGCUUGCGCGCGCGCGGCCUCAACCUCGGGUUGGCGUUCGGGUCGCCGAGCGACGUGAGCGGCGGGGCGCAGGGGGCGCUGCCCUUCGCCUCGCUCGCGGGCAACUGCUGGGAGUACUGCGAGGACUGGUUCGCCGCGCUGCCUGGCUUCAAGGUGUCGCCCCUGUACGAAGACUUCUCGACGCCGUGCUUCGACGGCCAGCACGCGCUCAUUGUCGGCGGCUCGUUUGCCGCCACGGGCAAUGAGGCGUCCGUCUUCUCCCGCUUCCACUUCCGGCCGCACUUCCACAACCUCGUCGGCUUCCGCGCCGUCCGC